UUUUUUAUUAUCUUCUAAUUUAUCUUCUACCUUCAAAAUUCUGUCUUUGUGUUCAUCCUAACUUCUGUUUUGCUUACAUCUCAUGAAACCCUAACCCUAAAUUUCCGCAACAACAUUUACAAAUAGUGGGAAGAGGGAUUUCCCCCCCUUAUUGUUAAUCAAUUAGGUUUAUGCUUUCAAUUUAGAACUUUACUUGAACCUUUCUAUAUGAAGUAUAAUUUUUUCGGGAUUUUUGCUUCUACUCUCUGUUCAAACAAAUUAGGUUUUGUACUGAGAAAUGGGUGUCGUAAAUUGGGAUCAGAAAGCCCUAAUUUCUAUGCAAUUUGCUAUGUUAUGUAGGAGUAUUAGUUCCUAGCUAGCUUUUUAGUAAUUCAAGAUUGUCUUUUUUUUGGUUGAAAUGUUUUAUACUUCAGAGCAGUUACUUCAGCUUCUCCAGCACUACACUAAGAACACUAAUAAAAUUAAACAAGUCCAAGCUCUAAGUAUCACUAAUGGGUACCUUCAAUUCAACCCUGCUGACGCUUCGAAACUGAAAUGGAUGAGUACCCUUUUGUUUAAUGCCUUGAUUAGAUGCUAUCUCAAUGUUGGCCAGCCAAAUAAGUCCAUGCUGCUAUUAACUCACAUGCUUGCUCAUCGUGCUCCACCAAACAAAUUCACUUUCACUUCUCUUAUCAAAGCAGUUUCUUCUUCCUCGCUUUUGUUGUCUUUUAUAGUAGGUAGGUCCCUUCACUCCCAUGUCAUUAGACGUGGUUUGGCGCUUGACCCUUUUAUACAAACGUCAUUUGUUAGCUUUUAUGGGAAACAUGGGUCUUUUAGUGAGGCUCAGUUGGUUUUUGAGGAAAUCUUGGAGCCCUGCAUUGUUUCACAUAAUGUGAUGUUGGAUGUAUUUGCUAAAUAUGGGGAUAUGGAUUCGUCUGUGUUGUUAUUUGAGCAAAUGUGUAAGCGGGAUGUUUUCUCUUGGACGAGUUUGAUUCAUGGGUUUGGAAGCAAUGGAUUUUUUCUGAGUGCAAUUAGAUAUUUCGAGAAGAUGAUGGUGGAUGAUGAUGUAAUUAGUGGUGUUGUCAGGCCUAAUGAAGCUACAUUUGUUAGUGUCCUUUCGGCAUGUGAGAAUCUAGAUGCUGGAAAGACUCUAUGUUUAGGCAAGCAAUUGCAUGGCUACAUUGUCAAGAAUGAGAUAGCAUUGACUGUUUACAUCGGGACUGCACUGAUAUCAUUUUAUGGGAAAUUAGGUUGUUUGAUUAGUGCUAUGAAAGUCUUUGGCCAAAUGGAAACAAAGGAAGUGUGCACUUGGAAUGCUAUGAUUUUGUCAUGCGCGUUGAAUGGUAGGGAGCAGCUUGCUCUUGAUAUUUUCAAGAGGAUGCAGCAGGAGAAGAUUUGGCCAAAUGAAGUUACCUAUGUUGCUGUUCUUACAGCUUGUACUCGUGCUAAAUUUGUGAAACUAGGGUUGGAGUUGUUUAGGUCUAUGUCCCAAGAAUAUGGUAUUUUCCCUAGGAUGGAACACUAUGGAUGUGUUGUUGAUCUUCUGGGUAGAGCAGGGUUUUUAGUAGAGGCUGAAAACUUUGUCAAGGAGAUGCCAUUUGAGCCUGAUGAUACUGUUUUAGGAGCACUUCUGGGGGCAUGUAAGCUUCAUGGAGCCCUUGAUUUGGGUGAUAAAGUAGGUGGAAGAUUAUUCGGGUUGCAGACAAGACAUUCUGGAAAAUAUAUUGCUUUAUGGGACAUUAAUGCAUCUGCAGAGAAAUGGAAUUCUGCUGCUGAUUUGAGACAAGUAAUGGUUGAUGCAGGAAUUCGUAAAGUUGAAGCUUUCAGUUUUGUUGACCCUCAGUAAAUCUCAGAAUGGGUAUGUCGAUGUGAAAUUUGUUUUAGAAUUUUGCCAAUGAAGUCGGUUCAUUCUUUCUUAUGAAGGAACUCUAAUGAGGGUGACUAAGGGCUGUUCACGUAAGCUUGCAACUUCCCAUCUAUUGUUGUACAUUCAUCAUAUCCCUCUUUCUAUUGCUUUUACAAUGGCAAGUGUCGUGGGAGACACUCCUAUGGUGGUCAAAUUUAGUUCAUAUUGAAGAUUCUUACUCAAUAGUCAUGUAAUUGUUCUUCAUAUUUCCUGAUCUAUUCGACAUAGACGGAUAUCUUGAUUUUGUACAAGUACAGCUGAGCCUUAAAAGUUUAUUUCCCCAGCAUGUUGCCCUAAAUGCCUAUAACUCAACUAGUUCUUGGCAAAUAAGUUACCAUUAACGUAUGUCAAUUUGGUGAUGCAAGAGUGGAUUGGCUUAGUUAUGAAGUAUAAACCUGGCUAGGUAUGUGGUGAUACAUGUCCUCAUUUUUACAGGGAAUAUCAAUCCGUAUGUGUGGAAAUUCGAGGAGGAGUUUGCUUUUACUUUUUUUAAUGUAAUCAUGUAACCAUAUCUGUUCUUACAUCCUCUAUUUGAUUUUCUGCUGGUUAAAUGGACUGCACCAGUGCACUGACUUUAGAGCUAAUACUAAAGUAAAGUCAUAAAAUAUGCAAUGGACUUGAAUGUGGAAAUUGAAUUGAAUCUUCUGGCUGUUCUGCCUGUACCACUCGUCAGUUUUUAUAGACCAGACUACUUCUAGUCUCUAGAUUUGUCAUCUAAUUUCUCAUGUUUAAGUGCUUCAACUGCCUUAUUCUCUGAUUGCUUGACCAGGUUAAAGUAAUGCUCCCAAAUACCUACUGCUGUUCCGAUUGCUUUUUGCUUGUAUAGUUGUAUCAUGGGGUUUCGUUUCACUUUGCGGUUUCUUGCUUUUCUUGUGUUUAUGGCUGCACUUCCCAGCUUCCUACCUGCAUGUGUGAUGGACACUAAUAAAUUAUUGAGUUUCAGGUUUAUGAAUCUUUGAAAUUGAAUGUUCCCUCUGCGUGAUGUUGUUUAAGUUGCUGAAUAUUUUCAAUUGCUGAAUUUUUAUGUUUUUGU